CUCACAUAAUCAAGUAUUAAAGAUCGUUAGGAAAAAUUCAUAGAAAAUGUUUAAGGAAAUUGUAUUAUUUGUCCAUCAGAUUGCGCACAAUUUCUGCAUCGCUCGGCCCGCGCCGGUGGUUUAUCGCAACGGCUGUCGCCAAAUUGUGAAGAUUGGUUUCUGGACCAACGUGGUUUUCUUCAUUGCCGUCUUCACGCCACUCUACGUCUGUCUGCUGAGGGAUGUCCUCAGUCUACUGCGUGACUUCAAUCUGAAGAUCGUGCGUGACAGGAAGUAGCGAAGGAGAACGGAAUGGAACUGAAUGGGUGGCGGCCUUGGGUCAACAUUUUUGUUUAGACCCUUGGCUCUUUACGUUGGGCAUUUACAAAAUUGUCAUUGUUGUUUUGUUGGUUGCUCCCACAGAGGUCAUAGGUCGGUCAUUGUUUACAAAUACACCCAGACACACGCACACAUGGACAUGCACAUGCACACGCACAACCACAAUCAUAUAAAUGAGACUUGAAAUAUAGAUUUGGCGCCUGGUGGCAUCGUCAGUUUGGCUGAAAUGUUUGUGAACUCA